AUGUUGACAGAACAAAAGGCGGAGGAGUCAAAGGUCAAUCAAGACAUCUCCCUCCGCAACAAUAACAUAGACGAAGAGCAAAAUGAAAUCUCAAAAGAUCUACCGGCCUACCAAAAUAAUGACCCUUUUGGAGACGAAGAAUUUUCGGAUGUUAAAUACAAGGUCAUGACGUGGUGGCUACAUAGGCAAUGUGGAAUGAUAAUGAUUGCGGAGACGAUAUCUCUUGGAAUCCUUUCACUACCCUCUGCAGUUGCUGCACUGGGUAUCGUUCCUGCCGUAAUUAUUAUAGUAGGCCUAGGAGGCCUUGCCACAUAUACCGGAUUUGUUAUUGGCCAGUUUAAGAUGAAAUACCCCCAUGUACACAACAUGGCAGAUGCUGGGGAGGUGCUCAUGGGUCCUAUUGGACGUGAAAUCCUAGGAGGAGCCCAACUGUUGUUCUUGGUUUUUAUCAUGGGGAGCCAUAUCCUAACGUUCAUUGUCAUGAUGAAUACUCUCACCGAGCAUGGAACGUGCAGUAUCGUAUUUGGUGUUGUCGGAAUGAUCGUUUCUCUACUCCUGGCGCUUCCACGAACACUGAAGAACGUUUCCUGGUUGUCAAUAUCAUCUUUCAUUAGUAUCCUUGCUGCCGUAUUUGUCACCAUGAUUGGAAUUGGCAUUCAGCACCCAGGAAAGGCGGUUGAAGUCACUGUGAAAACUGAUCUCUACCACGGCUUUUUGGCUGUUAGCAACAUUGUUUUUGCCUAUGCCGGUCAUGUGGCAUUCUUCGGUUUCAUUUCUGAGUUGAAGGAACCUGCCGGCUACCCCAAGGCUCUUUUCCUCCUUCAAGGCAGCAACACCACCCUCUAUACCGUCUCUGCCAUUGUAAUUUACGUUUAUGGUGGAAAGGAUGUCGCUUCGCCAGCUCUCGGCUCCACCGGGCCGAUCCUGCGAAAAGUUGCCUACGGAGUCGCCAUGCCAACGAUUGUUAUUGCUGGUGUCAUCAACGGUCACGUUGCUAGCAAGUAUUUAUAUGUCCGAAUUUUCCGUGGAACCAACAAGAUGUCGCAGCGAACCUUCACCUCCGUAGGAACCUGGGUCGUUAUCACCGUCAUCCUGUGGGUUAUCGCUUGGAUUAUCGCUGAAGCUAUCCCUGUUUUCAAUAACCUUCUCAGCUUGAUCACUGCUCUCUUCGCGAGCUGGUUUACUUAUGGUCUUAGCGGUUUAUUCUGGCUAUUCAUUAACAAGGGGCAAUACUUCUCCUCGCCUCGCAAGAUCUUCCUCACGUUCCUUAACUCAUUCGUAUUCAUUGCUGGUGCCGCAAUUUGUGGCCUUGGACUAUAUGUCUCCGGCAAAGCGCUCCACGACAGCCCAGCCGGCACCAGUUUCUCGUGUGCAAGCAAUGUGGAAUAUUAG